AUGCAAUGGGAAAGUAAAGAUGGCUUUGAUGAUUUGAAUACUCAAAAGUGGGUUCCUCAAGACAUUGCAUCUUCGGCUGAUGCCUAUGAUAAGAGGAAUUGGAAUGGAACAGGCGCGUGGGUUAUUAGCUGGUAUAAUGAAGAUGAUACUAUUGCUCGUGUUACAUUUGUUGAUAAAGGAAAAUAA